UUCGGCAGUAUAUAAGCCCCCCAGGAACAAGUCACCACGCGGCUUCAGUCUUCACUUCUUGAGCUUCUUAGACUUCACACAUACCGUCUCUCAGCAUGUCACCCAAGAAGGCCAAGAGGAGGGCAGGAGGAGGAGAGGGUUCCUCCAACGUGUUCUCCAUGUUUGAGCAGAGCCAGAUUCAGGAGUAUAAAGAGGCUUUCACAAUCAUUGACCAGAACAGAGACGGCAUCAUCAGCAAAGACGACCUUAGGGACGUGUUGGCCUCAAUGGGCCAGCUGAACGUGAAGAAUGAGGAGCUAGAGGCCAUGAUCAAGGAAGCCAGCGGCCCAAUAAACUUCACCGUUUUCCUCACUAUGUUCGGAGAGAAGCUGAAGGGUGCUGACCCCGAAGACGUCAUUGUGUCUGCCUUCAAGGUGCUGGACCCAGAGGCCACCGGCUUAAUCAAGAAGCAAUUCCUUGAGGAGCUUCUGACCACUCAGUGCGACAGGUUCUCUGCAGAGGAGAUGAAGAAUCUGUGGGCCGCCUUCCCCCCAGAUGUUGCUGGCAAUGUUGACUACAAGAACAUCUGCUACGUCAUCACACACGGAGAGGAGAAGGAGGAGUAAACGGUCGUGGAGACAAGACAGAAAAGGAAGAGAUGAACGUGCAUCCCUCACUGCUAAACUCUCCCAGUCUGUUCUCUGUCCUCCUUCUCUUACUUUGUGCUUCUUCCUCCCUUUCUUCCUUUCCAUCAUCUUUGUUACUCUCUAGCACUUACUCUCGCCAUCUCUCCAAAGAUUUGUCUCGCUGAGGCUGAAUUGGGAGGGUGGAGAGGCUCAUGACCACGGUGUCUGUCAAGUGGGGUUAUGGGAUUGUUUUCAAUAAAAUGAACAUAAUUUCUGUAUCUCUCACACUCUCUCUUUCUCUCUGUUUCUCACUCAUUACCCACGACCACCUCUCAUGCAUGAAAGUUGCUGCAUCUUCUGCUGCUGUCUUGAGGGUUGAAGGCAUCUAUAGCUUUUGGCUGAAAUCUCUCUCUAGAUAAAUGUGGAAGAGUGCUCAUUCUAAGGGAAAAAGAGGCAAGAGGGAUUGAUCUCACUCUAUAAUAGAGGAACCAGUCAUCAUUCUUGUUCUUUCCCCUGAUAGUUGACUAAAAAAGAAAGAGAAAAUGAGGGUUUUGUACCGAGAGAGCUUGGCCUCCUAAAAGUGUUGCCAAGCUUGGAGGGAGUGAGAGAGACAGACCAUCCAAGGAAGAGAGGAGAGCGGGGACUGAAAGAAAACAUAUCCUCUUCACUCCCUCUCUCCCCUCCUCCUCACUACUUCACGGUCCAUGUUUUUUUUUAAUCUACCCUUUUGCUCUCUGGAUCUGGGCCUGCUUUGCUCUGUCAGAAACUCUUCUGUAACCAAUAAAAAGACAGAAACUGUGAAUAAAA